CUGGCUAGUGGCAGGAGUCCGAACAAGAUGGGGGAGUAGAUAAAAAUAAUUCUCUCACGUAGCGCUGCCGAAACAUCACAACAUACACUCUGCGUUGGCUGCGUCAUCCAUUGGCGUGUGCUGUGUGGUGCAUGUAUCUUUCCUUUUUUUUACCUGGCGUUUUCUUUGAUCUUGACUUGAGUGCUCAUGGGCAAUGGGUUAUUGUCUCCGUCUGCGACUGCGGUGACGAACGAUGUCUUUCUGGGUUGGUACGUUUCCUGGAUACACACGAUGACGAGCAAAGGAACUCAGGCUGUGCUGUGCUGUAGUUACUACUGGUGAGGCGUACGUGAUGGUGUUGCAGCAGCUGAGCGCCAGGACACAGGGCAAGCAGUUGAAGUCUAGUGCUCAACGUGUAGUGGAGAAAGUUUAGACGGUAGCAAAAGAUGGGCAUGAUCCUGUCCAGGUUGGUGAAGUCCUCAUCAUCCCAGGCUGCUGCUGCAGGUCGCAGGCCAUGGGCAAUGUCAGUAUCGCCGGAGCUGGCUGGCUACGUGUAUGUCACUGCGGCAUGUGCACCGCACAACCAAGCCCUUCCUGUGCUACAUGAAUAUGAAAGCAAGCUUUCUCAAGUAUCCAAUGAGGUGGUGCGUCAGACUCUGAAGGGCGACGCUAACGCAAAUGUAGACCAUGCAGUAGUGGAGAUCUGCAGAGCUGAGGGACUUAGUCAUACCAUCGAAGAGCGGUUUGCUGAUAACUUGCGAGCAUGUCUUGUUCAGAUUCACAGCGUUGCGGCCGUCAUAGCCCACGCAGAUAGGCUGCGCGCUGAAAGAUUCACCAGUGAAAACAGCGAGCAUGAGGAGGCCCUCCUAGAACUAUGGUCGUUACUUCAACCUGAUGUUGCAUUGACGGAGCGUAUGUCCAAGCAGUGGACUGACAUCGGCUUCCAAGGAAAUAACCCAGCAACUGACUUCAGAGGAAUGGGAUAUCUUGGCCUGCUGAACUUGAUCUACUUUGCCAAGCACAGAACCGCAGCCGCCCAGCGACUUCUGCUGCACUCGCAGCACCCUACAAUCGGGUAUGGAUUUGCCCUGGCAGGAAUCAAUAUGACAAGCCUGGUCUUGGAGCUGCUUUCCAGUGACCACCUGCAGGCGUAUUUCUACAAGGAAUGCUGUGGCAAGACGGUGACGCUUCAGGACUUGCAGGAUGUCUUUUGUGGGCUGUUCGAGCAGUUUGACCGCUUCUGGAUUGCGAGGGAGCCUGAAAACGUGAUGGCAUUCAAUGCAGUGCGCAGUGACUACAAGCUCGCCUUGGAACGCUCCCUGCGUACUCGAUUCGCAUGGCAGCUCUCGGAAGAAGAGUUUGCUGCAGUGACGUCUUGAUCUGAGCCUCCAUGAGCGCUGAUCGUCUACAUCUGCUGGUCGGUGUGUAGAUGCCUGUGGCUAAAAAUCGGUAUAACUCUCUUCUGCUACGCUUCUUUAUCGUGGCAGGUGUACGAUUUGCUGAUCCCAGUGUUGCACUAACUGUAUGUGAGCGACGGCAUAGCUUGUGAAAAGGGUACAGAGAGAGAGAGAGAGCGAUGCCAAUUUCCAGAAUGGGUGAAGCUGAGUGUAAUGCUACUCGUCAUUACAAACCCGGAAAUAGAGAGUGCGCAAUGCAAACGUGACCUGUGCAAGCUACGUUGGAUUUGUACAACUCAGUCUUUGUGGAGGCCACCAGGAAUCCAGCAUGAUCGUAUUGCUGCGUGGUGGAUUAAAUCGCGCUCCAUGUUCUUCGGAGGGCUCUUGGAAUUCAGCAUGAUUUUAUUUCCGAAUGGUGAAUUCAACCGCACUCCUUAUCCGCAAAGGUUGGAAGCGCCAAGGCAAUGAGUCCCCGCCACACCGUCAAAGAAGGAGUCUUUUACACAUGCAGAAGGUAACAUUGUGAUGUGGUGUGUCUUCGAUGCCAGUACGCAGUGACCUAUCAUAGUCCUUAUUUUAUUGCUACCCUGAGUCUCGCUUGACCGCUGUGUUUCCGAUAACUAGUAUUAUCUUAUCAGUGAUGCUGAAACAUGUAGUUGCAUGCUUUGUCUUUGUGUACUGUAGGUGUGGCCGUCUAUACACCGGUACAUAGGCUCUCUCUCUCUUUUUAAGAACUUGGCUUCAUUGAGAGGCCAAGUUUUCCAACUUUUCAUGCUCACUUUUGAGCUCCCUCAGAUUAGUGCAAGUUCACUUUACCUUUUUUAAAAACUUUUUUUGCUGUAGCUGAACAUGCUUUUGAUUAUGAUCAGGGAGAAGUAAAAUACUACUCCAAGCUUUAGAGAGACCUUUUA